UCACCUUUUUCUCUCUUCACUCGUCUCGGUCUCCCCGCCACACCUCGAUCAUAUAUCAAAAUCUUUCUUAUGCCGCCUUUCGUUCCCCGUAAACGGUCUCUUUCCGUCGAUGAUCCGCCCAACGCAAAACGUCCGGCGCAGUCGGGCGUACAUACCGUCCACGCCUCCAUAGAGAUCUCCGACAGUGAGGACUCAGACUCAUCGCUCAGCGAUGCCCCUCCAUCGGAAAAUGAACUAUCUAAGGAGCCAAGUGAUGGCUCCGAUGCUGAAAGCUCUGAUGAUGCUGUCGACUGGGAGGAUGCUAUGGACACUGCAGGGCCGUCUGCAUCCAAUACUACGCCCGCUACACCUGCGGUUGAGACGGGAGACCUUGAAUUGACACUGGAUAAAGAUGAAAUACACCUGACGGACCUAUUGGAGGGAAAGAAGGGCCCUACGAAGAUCGAACGUUUCAUCCGCAUGCAGACCCAUUGCAUGCACGUCCAGUGCUUGCUCUUUCACAAUGCUAUCCGUAACGCUUGGAUAAGCGACGCAAAGGUCCACGAUAUUCUGCGCGCCAAGCUCCCGGAAGCGAUUAAAAAGGAGGUGAAGAAAUGGCGCAUCUCCUCGGGGCUGGAGAUGCCAGAGGAGAAACCGCCAGAGAAGAACAAGAAGAAGGGCAGGAAGGGCAAGAACAAGGAAGCAAGCCGUGACUGGGGUGAGGAUUCGUCGCGUGUCGAACCAGGUCAGCCUGAUAUGAGUCGCGGAGAUCCUUUGAUUUCGUUACUUCGAAUUCUAGCGGCGUACUGGAAGAAGCAAUUCAAAGUCACGGCGCCGGGGUUACGCAAACGCGGCUACAUGCCGUUGUCCGUUCUUGAGGCGGAGAUCAAAUCAUUCCAGAAUGAUGACCAUGAUCCGCUCAAGCAUGGCGAGCGCAUUAGGAAUCGAGAAGAAUUUCGCGCCGUGGCAGACCGUAUGCAAGGUUCAAGAGACGUUGGAGCACAGCUAUUCACUUCUUUGUUACGUGCACUUGGUAUCGAAGCCCGCCUGGUUUCCAGUCUACAACCAUUGGGAUUCGGAUGGACCAAAGCAGAGACAUACACUCCACCAAAUAAGGCGCAACCUAAUUCAGAGGAAGAGGAAGAAGAAGGGAAAACGGAAGAAUCUGAUUCUGAAACGAGUGAUGAAACCACUUCCACCUCCAAAGGUUACGACCACGAUCUGCCGUUUCCCACGUACUGGACCGAGGCCGUAUCGCCGGUCACACAUGAGGUUAUUCCGGUCGAUCCUCUAGUCUUGUCUAAUGCUGUUGCGACUACUCCGGAGCUUGUAGCCUCAUUUGAACCGCGGGGUGCCAAAGCUGAACGAGCAAAACAGGUCAUCGCUUAUGUCGUCGCAUAUUCCAAUGAUGGAACGGCUAAGGACGUCACGACGCGCUACCUACGUCGCCGCACGUGGCCUGGUAAGACUAAGGGAUACCGGCUACCGGUUGAGAAGAUUCCCAAACCGGGCCGUAAAGGCCAAUACUUCGAAUAUGACUGGUUUAGGGUGACAAUGAGGGGAUAUAUGCGUCCAGAGAAUAAGAGGGCUGCUGUUGAUGAUGUUGAAGACGCGAAGGACUUGCUUCCGCAUCAACCGGACAAGAAGCCGGUCAAGGAAGGUGAUACUCUACAGAGCCUACGUGCUUCUACAGAAUUUGUCCUAGAACGGUUCCUGCGUCGAGAGGAGGCCAUACGUCCUGGAGCGAAACAUGUCCGCACCUUCACUAGCGGUAAAGGUAACAAGGCUAAGGAGGAGAAGGUCUUUCGCCGACAGGAUGUCGUCAAAUGUCAGUCAUCGGAAAGCUGGCACAAGGAGGGUCGCCAAAUCAAAAUGGGUGAGAAGCCUCUCAAACUGGUUCCAAUCCGCGCUGUGACAUUGAUGCGCAAACGGGAAGUCGAUGAAUUCGAGAGGGAGACUGGUGAGAAACCGAAACAAGGUCUCUACGCCCAAUAUCAAACUGAAUACAUUAUCCCGCCGCCCAUCCAGAAUGGAGUUAUUCCGAAGAACGCUUACGGCAACAUCGACUGCUUCGUGCCUAGCAUGGUACCACAGGGCGCAUCACACAUUCCCUGGCGUGGUACGGUCCGUAUUUGCAAGAAACUCGGGAUCGACUACGCGGAAGCCGUAACAGGCUUUGAGUUUGGUAGCAAGAUGGCAGUCCCCAUAAUCGAGGGUGUGGUUGUUGCUGCGGAGAACGAAGAGCUUGUGAAGGAUGCCUGGCGCGCAGAUGAAGCGGAGCGGCGAAAAAAGGAGCAGCUGAAGCAAGAAAAACGUAUCCUCCAAACCUGGCGGAAGUUCCUCAUGGGGCUGCGCAUCGCAGAGCGAGUACGUGAAGAGUAUGGUCAAGAUCCCAAUGCAACGGAAGCGGAUUCGCAUAAUCCUUUCACGAAUCGGCGACAGACGCAACGUGUCCCAGAAGAACAUGAGCCGACGCCCGAUCCGAUUGACCAUGGCGGUGGCUUCCUCCUGCCAGGACAAGAUGAUAGUGAUGAUGGGGGGUUGAUUGUGGAGCAUCAUCACCCAGCACAUACUCGCUCUCUGGGUGACGGUGGUGCACCUAGAUAUGAAGGCGAGGAUAAAGAAGAUGGAAUGGACCUCAGUAGCUCCGACGUGGAUUCCCUUUCAUCUGAUGAUAAUGACGACGAUAGUGAACCCGAAUAUACCGAGGUUCGUCGCGCUCCAGUCCGGCGCAGACGCGGAGGCAGAUGAUACCCCUUGCAGUACCGUUAUUGUCCCUAUUGUAUUACUACAGUUUUGACCCGUCACGCAGCCUGCGUUGUUAUGUAUCUUUGUACACUAGAUUCAUUUGUUGAAUAUUGUCCCCCCAAGGAUGAGCGUACAAGAAAAGUCCAGUAGCAACUAAGUCUAAAGACAAGUAUUUGAAUUCUGCGAAAACCAUUUCAUGUUUACGACAAUCUAUCUGCUAUACCCCUGGACACGAGUCUAGAGCAGCAUGUGGUAACGGCAAUAUCAUUAUCAUAGGUGUUGUACAGAACGAAUCGAUGAAG